CUUUCCUGGCAUCAACCCUUUCGACGAGGAUCAUUGUUUCCGGCUCUGUCGGGAAGGAACCUGUAUAUUAUUCACUCCGGAUCUGUCAUUAAUAUUAUUUCCCUCCCCCUUUCACAAUGUCUAUCUGGGACUCGCUCUCCGGGCGUAAGCAGUCCAAAACCGCAGACCAGUUCGAGUCUCAAGAUGCCACUUCAUUUCUCUCAGAGGCCGCUUUGGCAGACCCUUCCCAGCUUCAUCCAUUAGCCGGCCUGAAUCAGGAUACGCUUGACUACCUUGUCCUCGAAGAUUCCGCACUCGACCAACUGCCCGGUUCGCGGUCAGUUCUACCGUCCAGAGGAUGGUCAGACGACCUGUGCUAUGGCACUGGAACGACCUAUCUUGCAGCACUAACUAUUGGAGGUGUAUGGGGUCUCUCUGAGGGUCUACAGCGGACUCCUGUCACGGCGCCGCCGAAGAUCCGGUUGAACGCGGUUCUGAACUCGGUCACACGGAGAGGACCCUUUCUCGGAAACUCUGCCGGAGUGGUGGCUAUGUUGUACAAUGGUUUGAACUCGGGUCUAGGAUAUAUGCGCGGGAAGCACGAUUCAGCCAAUAGCAUCGCCGCUGGUGCGAUUAGUGGAAUGGUGUUCAAGAGUACCAGGGGAUUGAAGCCUAUGAUGGUCUCGGGCGGUAUUGUCGCUAGUAUUGCUGGUGCUUGGGCUGUUACGAGAAAAGCCUUUCUGUGAACGCUCUCCUGUGCCCUCACUCGGAUCGGCCAAGUGUUGAAUAGUACACUGAUUGCCCCGAAAUUCAUAUCCUCCGCACUUUGUUUCAGCGAGCGGUCGGCGUUUUGUGACCGCUUCCUUCUUUCUUCUUCUGUAUUAGAACGAUUUCUGGUUUCACUGGGCAACUCUCCUCACUCCGGCGCUCAAAAGAUCCGCAUAUCGCAUCAUCCGUGUGUUCGGGACUGGGUAUGAUAAUGGUCUUCUUGUUGUUUCUUUUUUUCCCUGUAAAUAUAGAGGUCUCCGAUUUUUGCGGGACUGAUUGUGAAUUGUAUGCGGGUGGUUCUCGCCAGGUGAACUU